CCAGCCUCCUGCCGCAUCACGCAAAAAGAAACAGAUCAUACCAUAUCAAAGGUCUGACCACUUAGCUAGCGGAACUGCGGAAGCACCGCCAAUGGCGGAGGCCCUGGUGAGCGCGGCGACAGGGGCCCUGCAACCCGUUCUGGGGAAGCUGGGCACUCUGCUCGGCGAGGAGUACAAGCGCCUCAGAAGUAUACACGCCGAGAUCAAAUUCCUUACCCUGGAGCUCAAAGCAAUGGAUGCUUUCCUCGAGAAGAUGGCGGAGGAGGAGGAUCCGAACCCGCAGGACAAGCACUGGAUGAAUGAGGUGCGGGAGCUGUCCUACGACGUCGAGGACAACCUCGACGAGUUCAUGGCUCGCGUCGUCGCUGGCAAGUCCGCCAAGCCAGACGGGUUCAUGGACAAGAUCAAGGGCUCGCUGAAGAGGGUCAAGGCUCGCCAUGAGAUCGCCAAGGCGAUUGAAGAUCUGAAGAAACAAGCCAUCGAGGUGAGCCAGAGGAAUGCAAGGUACAGAUCAGGCGAGACCGGUGCGUCCGACACCAACAGUGUUCAUAAGGUUGACCUUAGAGCUCUUGCCAUUUUCGAGGACGCGUCCAAGCUCAUCGGCGUUGACGAGCCCAAGAGAGAGAUCAUCCAAUUGUUGGGAGACUCUGAAGCGAGCAAACACCAACCAAAUGUUGUGGCUAUUGUUGGGUCUGGGGGAUUGGGGAAGACAACUGUUGCCAACCGGGUAUACCAAGAACUCAAAGAUCAAUUCAAUUAUCAUGCUUUCCUGUCUGUGUCACGGAAUCCAGACAUCGCGAGCGUUAUGAGCAAUAUUUAUGGCCAACUGAAUGAGCACUAUUCUCCUUGCGAGGAAAUAUUACAGACCAUCAUCACAAAGAUUAGGGAUUUCCUCGAAAAUAAAAGGUACUUAAUCGUGGUUGACGAUAUAUGGAAGGAGGAUCACUGGAAAGUUAUCAAGCUUGCAUUUCCCGAAACAAGUUCCGGCAGUAAAAUAAUCACCACUUCUCGUAACAAGGAUGUUGCUGAAUCAUGUUGUUCAACAUCUCAUGGCCACAUAUACAAUCUAAGGCCUCUUACUAUGAUGCAGUCGAGACAGUUGUUCUAUACAAGACUAUUCAACUCCGAAGAAGAAUGCCCUUCGGACCUGAAGGAAAUUUCUGUCCAAAUCUUGGAAAAAUGUGCUGGCUUACCUUUGGCGAUCAUUGCUAUAUCUGGUGUCUUGGCUGACAAGAUAAGUAGGAAGGAUCAAUGGAGGCGAGUGAAGGAUUCAAUUGGUCGUGCACUAAGAAAUUCUAGUGUUGAGACUAUAAUAUCCCUUAGUUACUUGGAUCUUCCUCCUCACCUUAGGACUUGUCUGCUGUAUUUGAGUAUAUUCCCGGAGGAUCAUAUUAUAAACAAGGAUAAUUUGAUCAGAAGAUGGAUCGGCGAGGGGUUCAUUCAUCAGCAAAAGGGGCCUCAUAGGCAAGGGGAUCCUACACCGUAUGAGUUAGGAGAGAAGUGUUUCACUGAUCUCAUCAACAGGAGCCUAAUCCAGCCCGCAGAGAUCGAUGGGUCAUUUGGUGGUAAUGAGGUGGAUAGUUGCCGAGUCCAUGACAUGGUACUUGAUUUUGUGGUAGCCAAGGCUGUGGAGGAGAACUUUGUUACAAUAAUAGGUGUACCAGGUGUCGUAAACCCUGAUCCAGAGAACAACAAGGUCCGUCGACUGUCCCUGCAGAAGGACGGUGAGAUUCCACCGGGUCUGGUUCUAUCUCAUGCCCGGUCACUGCAUGUUUUUGGGGGUAGUGUGAAGAUCCCAUCUCUGUCGGAGUUUCAACUCCUGCGUGUGCUGGACUAUGAGGAGUGCGGGCAAUUAGAAGAUGAUAACCUUGCAGGCAUCGGUGAUUUGUUGCACCUCAAGUACUUGAGGUUCAGGAAUGCACAUUCUGUUACCGAGCUGCCGAAAGAACUAGCAAGGUUGCAGCACUUGGAGAUUGACAUUGCGCAGGAUUACAGACACACGGAAGGAAUGAAGAUUCCGGAGAUCGUCAGGAAUCAGUUGGGCUGUUAUGUUACUGUGUUUGCUGACUAUUAUGAAGCAUUGCCGGAUGAAAUUGCAGACACUCAAGGAUUGCGAGUUUUGGAAAAUCUUAGUGUGUAUAAUCAGUCAAUAGAGUUUCUCGAGGGGCUUGGCAUGCUAAAAAACCUGAGGAAGCUGGGCAUACAUUUUGAAAGCCAUUAUGCCGAUGAUGAUUGGGAAGAACAGCAGGAGGCGGCGGUCUUGUCCCUCUGGCAGCUUGGUGGCGCAAGCCUGGAAUCUCUAUACCUUUUCAUCAAAGACGAGGAUGCCGAUUAUAAUGAGGGGCCUAUCUUGGAAGAGGAGUGGUUCUCCUGUCCUCCAUGUGGUAUUCGGGAGCUUGUCAUCGAUGGAUAUUCACUCACAACAUUUCCAGAAUGGUUGGAAUCAUUCGACAAACUCGAGAAACUGAGCCUUCCCGUGUCCGAUAUCGGGGAAAAAGGCGUGGAGAUCCUGGGAGCCCUGCCUAGCCUGUCCUAUCUCAUCAUCAAGUGGGCCACGGACUCUGACGGGGGAGAAGAGAUGGAGGCUGCCACGAGGAGAGCAAUGGAAGCCCAUCCCAACCGUCCCACGUUGGUCUGGAGGUACUGGUAAUUCAGGGAUUAAUAUCAAGCAGAUGCCACAGAAGCUUCAGCGGUCAAGCACUUCCAUGAUCCUUGCGUUUUCUUUUCUUUGUUAAGACUUCAUUUUCCCACUGGCUUGCCUCCUGAGUUCAGGGUUGAGAAAUGCAGCGGCGUGGCACAAUGAAAAGCCAAGGCAGCAGCAUCCUAUUUUUUUUUUAAAGGCUACAGCAUCCGCCCAACUGAAGUUCUUCUUUACAUAUC